CGUAGCUCGUUUGUUUAAUCCAUCAGAUGGCAAGCAAUUUGUUGCUUGAUUUAUGAGAAAGUCUGGUAAAAUUUCAAGUUUUCAUAGAGUUUAUAAAUUAGUUUAAAUGAAAUGGACAAGAAGUUCUGCUACUCGGAGAAAAAGACCCUAGCGCAUAUCGAAAAAAAGCAGAAUCGCCAGGGAGGUCGGGAUUCCCAGUUGGAGAAGGGUCAGGAUGGCGAGGAGGGGGAGGAUGAUGGCGGCGAGGCUUUGGCUCCUGGAAACUCCGCAAGGGCACCGCAGAAGUUGGGAGUUCUGAAAAACCUGGCCAAUGGCUACUUGAAGUUGGUACACGAGAUCGAGGCCAACCUCUGCCUGCCAGCGCCUCCUUUGAUCGAAGCUAAACCAGAGCGUGAGGUGGGUGGGGCGAUCGCUGGAAAUUCCCAAGCCGAGGAGGAAAUAUCGCAAUCUUCCGAGGAUGCCACUCAUCCAGGCAUAGGCUUUGUGGAUUUGUAUCGGCGCAGUCUUCAUUUCGAGUGCUUGGGCAUUCCCCUCACUUCCUUGGAGCUUUUCUCUAUGGAAUGCCAGCAAAAUGAAGAACUAGAGGGAAGAAUCAUGGGAGGCCAUCGAGCUGGCACUGAAGGGCUGCAUUCAUGGAAAGCUUUAGAUGAGCGCUUGACCAAGGAAACUGAACGGGUCCCUGAAAGAAAUCUAUCGAAUAGAGCUGAUUGUCAUCCAUACGAAUGCAAAAACCCCUUAAGAAAUACUUCUGAAUCGAUUUUGUUCCCAGGGAAAUGCACAAAACUGAAGCCCAUGCUAAACAUGCUGACUAAAACUGACCUGGAUGAGGAAACGGAAGCAGUACUUGAUGAGGAACAUGGAAAGCAAUUUUCCACGAAUGAGCUACACCAUCAUUCCUCCAAGUUCCAGAGUCGAUCUUUAUGGAAAGGUGCCCACAAAAAAACAGCAAGGACUUCUCCCGGUUCACAUUUUGAAUCUGCUCCAAGCUCCGUUCGUUCAACAGAGAAAACAGCAAAACAAAAUCCAGUUGUUGAAGUACCAUCCGUUCAAUUACCAAAACAAUUUUAUAAAUGGGCUAAAUUACCAGCUAACAGUUCAAGCAAAGUUCUUCGUGGUAAAAAGAAAUCGUCAAGUCCCGAAAAUCGUCAAGUCCAAAACUGCAGGGAAACGAGCAGAAAAAGAUGGCACAACGAUUUUAGAGACUUGGGUGAGCCGAAAUCGCCUAGAUCGAAUAAGAAAACCAGAAAUACCAAAGUCAAGGGUUCAUCUUCACGUUGGCUGCCUUGUAGGCCAGAAGGUAAAUCGAAAAGAUCUAGAAGAUUGCAUGCAGGCUCAGAACUCAAGGCAGCCACACCCUUGGCGUUGGAGUCCCAUCUAUAUGGAAGUGACAGUGAGGCACAUGCCUCUGGUCCAGCGGAGAGCUCCUCUAUGAAAGUGUGCGAGAAACGCUUAGAGGAGCUAAUGACAAGGAAGCCAAAGCACUUGUGCUUGAGGAAGGCUAUCAGCCCGGUUGUUGAAUCCGAUUUUGAGGCAAUGGAGCCUCUGCGUUCCAACGAUACCUUCACGGAGGCGUGGAAGAACUCGAACUUGAAUAGGGGCCACCACCACCGAGACCUACGGAUCGGCGGGCUUUAUAGUCGGGCCGAGAAGCUUAAGUUCCAGCCCAUAGAUCGCCUGGACGCGGGCUGCGUGGGACUGCCGCUGUUCAAGAACUCGGACGAGUCCCUGGAGCGGACCCAGUUCUUUGUGACCGAGUUUGACAAGCUGAGUCGCGCCGAGAGGAUGCAGGACAUAGAGUUCCGAAUGCGCCAGUUGCGGUGGCUGCAGGCCAGGUCGGAUCAGGAAUAUCGCCAGCACUUCCGGAAACAGAGGAUUGCCUUCAAGAGGGUCCUGACCAAUUCGGCGCAGUUUGCGUGUCCUUUGGGACACGACGAAUGUCCGGCUGUGAUGAACGCCACGCUACUGGCACACGUCGUAUCCCGGCACUUGGAUGAGCCGGGCAAGGAGCUGCGUGAGAUUUUCGAGGGCGAACAGGUGCUAAUGAUCUUCAGUCCCAUGGCCUUCCAGCUGGGCAAGACUGAGUGCAUGUCCGUGCUGGGCUACGGGGGCAUCCGGAACAAGCCCUGCACCCUGCCCGCCGUCAGAUUUAUGCCCACCCGGAACAGCGGCUUACCAGAAGCCUACGCCCACUUCGACGCCCAUUUGCCGCUGCUCGUGAUGAUCAGCAGGAAUCGCCUGAGUAGCGUAGAAGGCAGAAGGGUGCGGUUCGAGGGACUAGAAGACGAGGACACCCUCGCUCUGUGGAUGGUCACCAGAGAUCUGCCUUGUCCCAUCCACGUGAUGAUGACUGUAAUCAACCGACGACUAGACAUCACCAGGAGCUCCAUCAUGAAGGUCCGCGAACUCCAUAAGUCGCACGAUCCUCUCGACUUUAUGCCAUCGAGCAAAAACUAUAUGCGACUCAGCGAUCACGACAUGCGCGUCCUCACCAACGAUCACACAGAGCCCAUAUAUAUGGAGAUCGUUGUGAAGGAGUACCCCGGUAUACUUCCAUGUCACAUUCCUGGCCACUUCCAAGGCGCCGACUGAAUCUAUCACAUUUCCCUUAGUGGUUGGGCCCAAUUUUCUGGACUGGCCAAUAAUUCAGAUCUCCCAUACGUUAGUAUUUAUUUAAAACCAUUUUCGGCCAGAAUUAUAGCAUUUUUGCAUCUUUUAAGAGACUAAAUUCAUAAUGUAUGUACAUUUGUAGUUUUACGAUUAAAGACAGUGUUUUGCAACUCAGAAAUGGGAUUAUUUCCACACCUAUAACAUUCGAUCAAGCCAAGUUCAAAUUUUCCAUUCUUACCGCCAGCCGUGGGAAACACCCAUGUACA